AUGUCUAGGAACAACAUAAGCACUUUAGAGUUUACACAUCUACCAGUUACCAAAAAAGGGAUUCUGGAAGUUCAUUUACAAGGUAACCCAAUCCAGAAAGUAAAUUUCGGGAAGGAAGACUAUGAACUUUUGAGAUCUAACUCGACAGUCAAUCUGACGGUGAUAAUCGACUCGAAACUGGACUGUGAUUGUCACGGUGCAUGGUUUGCAAGAAGUCUAAGAGAGCAACACAUGUCAUUUGAUAAUGUUCGCUGCGCAGACGAUGUCUUGGUUGUUCUUUAUGAACCGUCACGUUUGGAAUGCGACAAGUAUAACUGUGGAGCUUGUACAUGUCGUCGUUCAUGGCACGAUAACACAACACGUGUAAAUUGCAAGCCGGGGGAACUACACACGUGGCCAAGAGUGCCUUUGCUGAUCGAAGUGCAUGCCAGUAACAAUCUCAUUGAGACCAUCCAUAUGGAAGAUCUAUCUGAUACUUUGAUAUUCCUAGAUCUAUCUAACAACCGUAUAGCCCGUGUAGACUCAGCUGUAGCAGAAACCCUUUUCGCGGUACCGGAGCGACGCAUGCGCUUAUCUUAUAAUCCCCUGGUUUGCGAUUGUGACAAUAAACCAUUUCUUGAUGCAUUGAAGAAUCACCACAAUCAGAUAGAAGACUACAGCAACAUAACAUGCGUCGGGGAUGGAAGAACUCUUCAAGACCUUGAUACAGAAAUGCUAUGUAAUGCAAAGAAAUUCAUUAUGUGGAUAGUUUUAUUGGCAACAGGUGGCAUGUUAGUAGGUCUUGCUACAUUUAUAGGAGCGCUGUACUGCCGUUAUGCCCAAUCAAUCAAAAUAUUCCUAUACGCACGAGGAAUUUGCUUAUGCUGCAUGGCUGAAGACGAACUUGACACAGAUCGUCAAUACGAUGCAUUUAUUUCUUUCACUCACGAAGAUGAAAAGUUUGUCAUAGAAAAUUUGCUACCAGAAUUAGAGAAGACUUAUAAAAUUUGUGUACAUUUUCGUGAUUGGAUUGUUGGAGAUAUGAUUCUGACACAGAUCACGAGGUCAGUGGAAAGUUCUCGACGAACUAUUGUGGUUUUAUCUAAGAAAUUCGUCAAAUCCCUUUGGGGAAUGCUUGAAUUCAGGACGGCUCACAUUACGGCUUUAAGUGAAGGCAGAGUGCGAGUCAUCGUGGUUAUCAUAGACGAUGUAGCUGAAGAUAAUACUUUAGACGUGCAAUUACGUUCUUACUUACGUACCAACACUUAUCUGAAAUGGGGAGACCCUUGGUUCUGGGAUAAAUUGAAAUACGCAAUGCCUCGAUUACCACCUACUACUAUUACGAACCCAAGACAAGUGAAUGCAACCCGCGUGGGCCAGGAUGCGAUCCAUUCAUCAACUUUGGUACGGCGAGAAAAUCAAUCUCAUACCGACGUGAUAUUAGAAUAG